UAUUUCAACACCUAGCUUUUGCACAGACUGAAAGCCCUUUUCUGAGUCUUGACCCCUGAGAGUCUAAGAUAACUUGACUCUCUCUCUCUGAGUGUUAAACUCUCAGUUACUUUCCCUUUUCCUGGAAUGAAAAAUACCCGAUGAUCCGCUCACUCAACUCUUUUUUCCCAGGUAUCAUCCGCACCCAAUACCUGCAAUCAUUCCAGAUUUUUGCGGACUCUUUCCUGCUUGAAUAAAAAGAUCGAGGAAGAGAUUCUCUCUCUCUUACAUUUCAUCAUCAUCUUCCACACCAACAAAACCCUGACCCCAACCCCACUUUCUUCUUCUCUCUACGGAGCCAUGCAAAAUCAGGCAUUUACUUGUUUUGGAUUGUAAUCUUCCUUAUCCCAAACUACAAAAGAAGAGAGUCCUUCUCAGCUGCAAGGAGGGCAUACUCUCCCAGUCUCUCCUCAUCCCCUGUGUUGACUUCUCUAAAGUUCCAAAUGAAAACCCUAAAAUAGAAGAAGAGAAGGAUCAAAAAGACUAACCCCAAACAUCAACCACGAUCUCUCAACCCUCCAAGAUCCAGGGAAAAGAAAAAAAGGUAAACCAAACCCACAACCAAAACCCUUUGUUUGCCAUGGAUUUAGUAUCACAACCAAACAAUCCCAUCUAUGAUUCACCCAUAUUGAACAUCAGUACCACUCCGACCACUCCAUCUGCAGCCAUAAUAUCGUCUCCAUCUUCUACUACAACUACUACUACUGCUACUGUUACAACUCCAAGCCGCUAUGAGAACCAGAAGCGGCGAGACUGGAACACCUUCUGCCAAUAUCUAAGGAACCACAAACCUCCACUCUCACUCCCCAUGUGCAGUGGUGCACAUGUUCUUGAAUUCCUCCAUUACCUCGACCAAUUUGGGAAGACCAAGGUCCACAACCAAACUUGCCCCUUUUUUGGCAUCCCAAACCCACCUUCUCCCUGUCCGUGCCCUCUUCGCCAAGCCUGGGGCAGCCUCGACGCCCUCAUCGGCCGCCUCCGAGCCGCCUAUGAAGAGCAUGGCGGGAAGCCAGAAGGAAACCCCUUUGGUGCGAGAGCUGUGAGGCUGUAUUUGCGUGAGGUUCGUGAUUUUCAGGCCAAAGCCAGAGGGGUCAGCUAUGACAAGAAGCGUAAAAGGCCUAAGCCAAAGUUGGCUGCUACUCCGAAUGACAACAACUAGUGGCGGAAAUCAGCAAAUAUAAAGAUCAGUCAAAUGGGUAUAUCUUUCUUCUCCUAUAUUUCUCUUUCCCGUACUAAAAGAGGCCUGUUUAAUGUUUCUAUGUUCUGGAGGUAUCCUUUUUUCGCAAGUUUGAGGUUGUUGUCUCAGUAUAUUUCUGGAGUGAUGGCUAUUCCCCUGAAAUUGCUUUAAGUAGUAAGUAGUGAAAUAUUGGGAGAAGUAAUGCAUGGUUAUGCUCGAAAAAUUGUCAUAAUAACUAGCGGAUUUAUAUAGAUGUGUUCUUAAAGACUCAAUGUAAUAUAAAUACAAUUUGCAAUGAUUAUAAAUGGAUGUCUUUCUUUAUCUAA